UCUUCUCUCUCUCUCUCUCUCCCUCUCUCUCUCCCUCGCGAUUAUAAUCCACUGCUACUCUGCAACGAUUCAGAAUCUUGCAAAGGCUGAUCGAGGUAGGAGGGAAGGGAGGUCGAUGCAUUUACUCUCCUGCUUGAUUUCCAGGCUGCCAACUGCCAGCUGGUCUCUUUCGCUGCCCCAAUCUCGAACGCUAGAGUUUCUCUCUGCGUUCUAGGGUUACUGCGACUUCGUCUCUUGGAUUGGUAUUUUUUUUUUUUUUGCGUCGAUGGACAUCGAGAGGUAUGGAAAUAGGAGGAUUCAAAGUAGAAUUGGGUCUCAGGCGGCACCUGAUCGAGCCAAUAACAAGGUCUGUUACCACUGGAGGGCGGGGAGGUGCCACCGCCACCCUUGUCCGUAUCUUCAUAGCGAGCUUCCGGAGCAUUCUGAUGGCGGCGCCAAGCGGGCGGCUGUGGCUGAUGAAAGGGGCUUCCGUUCUCAGGGCCUCGUUUGGAGAAAUCCUAAUACGAAUGGGAAUUCUGGUCCCCAUUCAAAGUGGGGCAAGGGCCGCGGAGGGGGCGCUGUUGGUGGCGUCAGACCUCAGCGCAAGGCACUGGAUACGAUCUGCAGUUAUUUUAUCUUGGGUACUUGUUCUUAUGGAGAGAGUUGCAGGUAUUUACAUUCUUGGUUCCUCAGCGACAGCAUCGCUCUCUUGACUCCCCUAAAAGGUCACCAAAAGGAUGUCACCGGAAUUGCCUUUCCAGCAGCGUCUGAUAAGCUUUAUACAGGGAGCAAAGAUGAAUCCCUUCGGAUUUGGGAUUGUCAGACUGGGCAGUGUGUCGGGGUUGUGAAUUUGGGUGGUGAUGUUGGCUGCAUGAUCAGUGAGGGUCCAUGGAUUUUUGUUGGAGUUCCUAAUGCCAUUAAGGCAUGGAAUACGCAAACUGGCACUGAUCUAAGCCUUAGCGGGCCUAUUGGACAAGUUUAUGCGAUGUCAGUCGGUAAUGAGAUGUUAUUUGCUGGAACACAGGAUGGACGUAUAUUGGCAUGGCGGUUUAGAGCUGCUGGGGACUGUUUUGAACCAGCUGCAUCUCUUGUAGGUCAUCAGCUUCCUGUUGUUUCACUAGUUGUUGGAGCAAUGAGACUCUACUCUGGUUCCAUGGAUCAUACAAUAAGAGUUUGGGACCUUUCAACUUUACAAUGCAUCCAGACACUGACCGACCAUACAUCAGUUGUCAUGUCUGUAUUAUGCUGGGAUCAAUUUUUGUUAUCCUGUUCACUAGAUAAGACGAUAAAGGUUUGGGUAGCUACAGAAAGUGGUAAACUGGAAGUAACCUACACCCACCAAGAAGAGCACGGUGUGCUUGCAUUGUGCGGUAUGCAUGAUGCACAAGCCAAACCAGUCUUGUUUUGCUCUUGUAAUGACAACACUGUUCGCCUUUAUGAUCUUCCAUCAUUCAAUGAGAGGGGUAAGAUAUUUUCCAAGGAAGAAGUGAGAGCGAUACAGAUUGGCCCCGGCGGGCUGUUCUUCACCGGAGACGGCAGUGGGGAGCUCAAGGUGUGGAAGUGGUUGACAAGUGAGGUUUCAGCUGCUGGACAAUAAAGAAAAAAUGAGACUCUCAACUCAUUUGUAAUCAUAUAUUUCCUUUUCUUAUUUUUAUGCGGAUAUAUUGAAUUUUGAUGGAGGAGAGAUGCAAAGGAAGCAGAUUUUAGUGGUCCAUAUUGUAAUUUGGUUUAGCUGUGUUCUUCCAUAUUGUAAGCCCGAAGCAUAUAAAUAUAUAUAUAUAUUCCAAAUAAUGAACCUUUUUUAGGAAGAUUUACAAAUGUACCACUCAAUUCCUA